AUGGAGGCCCAGAGGAACCCGAUGCUGGAGCGGCCCAUCAAUGAAGCCCACGUUACUGCAGCUCUGGGUCUGGAUCCUUCUUCCCUCCUGAACCAUAACACCACCUCCUUCAAGCUCACGACCAUCUAUGGUCUGACUAGAGGCAACCUCAAGGAUGCUUUCUUCGUCGAGCUCGUCUCCGAAAUACCACCACUGGGUUCCUUAUCGCUGGUCACGGGAGACUUCAACCAAAUUUACCGGGCAAGGGAUAAGAACCGCACUAACGUUGAUCAAAGCCGCAUUGUCCAGUUUAGGAAUGCGCUGAACACCUGUGAGCUAAAAGAGAUUAAUCUUCAAAACAGAAGAUUCACUUGGAGCAAUGGCCAGAGUGACCCCAUCUUGAGCAAGCUGGAUGGCUUCUUUCGCAACGAGGAUGGGAUCUGGAGUUUGUUGCAUAUGGCUCGGGAGAUCAUCCUCCGCCUUGAUACCGCUCAAGAAUCUCGAUCCCUGAGCCCAGAGGAACUUGACCUUCGGAAGAGGCUUAAGCGGCGAGUAGUUGCCUUGGCUGUACUUGAGAAGGCUAGGAAGCGGCAGAACUCUAGGAUCACUAACAUCACAGAGGUGGAUGCAAACACUAGAUUCUUCUACGUGACAAUUAACUGCCAGAGAAGGAAAAAAAUGCCAUCGUCUGAAGCACAAUGCGGGUUGGAAUGUGAUCUCACUGAUCUUGGCACCCCUUUCACCAUGGAUGAAGCUAGGUGUGUUGUGUUUGAUUCUCCAAAUGACAAGGCACCAGGGCCAGAUGGGUUCAUGGGGGUGUCCCUAAUACCUGGACUGUUCUUCAUUCCUGAAUCACCAAGGUGGCUGGCAAAAAUGGGAAAGAUGGAAGAUUUUGAAUCUUCACUGCAGGUCCUGCGCGGAUUUGAAACUGAUAUCUCAGCAGAAGUAAAUGAAAUAAAGAGAUCAGUUGCCUCAUCUAGGAGGAGGACAACCAUACGAUUUGCAGAGAUCAAACACAAGAGAUAUAGUGUUCCUCUUAUGAUAGGAAUUGGCCUCCUUAUAUUUCAGCAACUAAGUGGUGUCAAUGGCAUUUUCUUCUAUGCUGCAAGUAUCUUCAAAGCUGCUGGUCUUAAAAACAGUAAUCUCGCAACAUGUGGUUUGGGGGCUGUUCAGGUGGUUGCUACUGGAAUCACAACCUGGUUGACUGACAAAGCUGGUCGACGGCUACUUCUCAUUAUCUCUGCUACAGGGAUGACAAUCAGUCUUCUCGUUGUUUCUGUGUCAUUUUUUCUGAAACAGGACAACAUAGACGAAGCUUCUCAUUUACACUUUGUGAUGAGUAUGCUUUCACUGGCUGGACUUGUGGCAUUUGUGCUUGCAUUUUCUCUGGGCAUGGGAGCCAUCCCAUGGAUUAUAAUGUCUGAGAUUCUUCCUGUUAACAUCAAGAGUCUUGCCGGAAGCACCGCCACCCUUGCAAACUGGAUGACGUCGUGGCUCAUCACGAUGACCGCGAGCUUGAUGCUAAACUGGAGCAACGGAGGAACCUUUGCUAUAUACGCGGCAGUGUCCAUGGGCACCCUCCUCUUCGUGUGCUUGUGCGUGCCGGAGACCAAGGGGAGAACGCUCGAGGAGAUUGCAUUCUCGUUCCGCUGAAGCUCGGAACCACGGCGCGUAGGGUAGACAGGCAGGCGGGCGCGCGUCGUGC